AUGAGAUUACCGUCUGUGUCCGCUCUUGCGGCGUUUGUUGCAAUUCUUAUCCAGUCACAAGAUGCCUUCGCGAUCUCCAGGAUCUCCGCCGUUGGCUCCAAGUUCUUCAAUGAGGAAGGAGAGCAAUUCUUCGUCAAAGGAAACGCAUACCAGCUCACCCCGCAGGAUCCUCUGGUCAACACCACGCAGUGCUACCUCGAUGUGAAACUGAUGAAGGAAUUGGGCGCCAAUGCAAUUCGAGUCUACCAUGUCAACCCUGACGGUGAUCAUGCCGGCUGCAUGAAGGCAUUCGCCGAUGCGGGAAUAUAUCUCUUUGUUGAUCUCGACGAUUUUCCAACACAAAUUGACCAGGUAUGGGAGGGAUUGGAGUACAUGAAUAUCCCAGACCAUGGCAAUCAUCCCGCGUGGGAGGCAGCACAAUUCGAUGCGUUCAAAAGGACCUUGGAUGAGUUUCAGCAAUUUGAAGACACCGCUGCUGUAUUCGUCGGAAAUGAGCUUUUGAACGCAAAGAAUGGCUCGCAUGCAGCUCCUUACGUCCUUGCAGCGGCUCGGGAUAUCAAAGCGUACCGUGACCCUAAAAGGUACCGGAAUAUUCCCGUGCGCUAUUCGGCAGCCGAUAUCGCCGCGUUACGACCAAUGUUGCAGAACUAUCUUGUCUGCCGGUCGAAUGCCUCCGAAACAUUGGUCUUUUUCGCCCUGAACGCGUACGAAUGGUGCGGAGAUUCGACUUAUACGCGCUCCGGCUACUUAAACCUCCUAAAACAGGCUGAAGGCUUCCCAGUGCCAAUCCUCUUCUCGGAGACCGGAUGCAACACUGUCCGCCCAAGGGUGUUCCAGGACUUGACCGCCAUUUACGGGCCCAAGAUGGUGGGAACCUGGUCUGGUGCAGUCGUCUAUGAGUGGAUCCAAGAAGCAAAUGACGACGGCCUGAUAACAUACGGCAAAGCUUCCCAGCAGGACGAUGAGAAGGACCCGUCUGAUACAGUUGUCGUAGAUGGAUAUUUCCGCCAAGGCAAACCAAAGCCUAUCAUACCGGAUUUUCCUAAUUCAAAGUCCCGCUGGGCAACGUUGACUCCAACGGGUGUGAACUUAUCGGACUAUUCGCGGAAGGCAUCCUCCGUCAUCGCUCCGCCACGUCCGGAUUCCACCUCUGGAUGGAAUGUAGAUCCCAGCGCUGAGCUGCCAAUCCUUGAUGAACCGAUUGCGACCUUGACUGCAGAAUUAAAACCCACCCAGACUGCAGACGGAGCAGCACCGUCACAUAAAAACAGUGCAAGCCAAUUGCUUUCAUCACCCACUUCUGGAACGACCAUAUUUUCCCUCAUGGUGGGGGCUUUGAUUGCUCUCGGUGGAAUAAUUGGAUGGCUUCUCUGA